ACUAGAACGUUAGCUUGUUGCUGUGUUUGAUAGCAGCAUGUAAAUGAGGCUUCGAAGGCUGGAGUGAGAAAGCAGCAGCGGAGCGGCUACUUUGGUUAGAACUACAGACAAAAGGAGAAUUGGAGACAGAGUUUGCCGCGACAUCAUGGAUUAUUGGGGUGCAUUAGAAGUGUAUAAAGAGAUGGUCAUGCUGUAUGUGGAAGAAGGUCGCCGACAGAUCAACUUCCACUGUUCACACCUGGAACCAUGGCAGAUCAUCGGAGCAGCAGUCAUCACCACUCUGGGAGCAGUCUGGAUGAAGGCCUUCCUCUUCCAGCAAGAAAGUCUCACGUCACGAAUUAAGAAGCAGUGCUUUAGACUCAUCAGAAAAAUACCCUUCAUCGGCGGGGCAAUUCAGAGCCAGCUGAACAAAGCUUUGGACGACAUGUCUGAGAGUCUGUGCACUCUGAAGAAUGGGAUGAGUUACACACAACAGCUGCCUUCUAAAGGCCUCUCUCAGAGCCAAGUGCUGGAGAAAAUCAAAGAACACCAGACUCUGAAUGAGGUGCCCUGGGAGAAAGGAUGUGUUUCUGGUGCAGUGUACUGGGGAGAUGAAUCACUGACCAAGCUGUUAGUUAAGGUGUAUGGAGAUUUUGCAUGGAGCAAUCCACUUCACCCAGACAUCUUUCCAGGAGUCAGAAAGAUGGAGGCAGAAGUUGUUAGAAUGUGUUGCACUCUUUUCAAUGGUGGGCCCAACUCCUGUGGCACAGUUACUUCAGGGGGAACUGAGAGCAUCCUAAUGGCCUGCAAAGCUUAUAGGGACAUGGCAUAUGAACGAGGUGUCAAAUACCCUGAAAUUGUGGCACCUGUCAGUGUCCACGCAGCUUUCAACAAAGCCGCUCACUACUUUGGGAUGAAGUUGGUUCACAUUCCACUUGACAAUAAAACUAUGAAAGUAGACGUGAAGGCUAUGAAAAGGGCCAUCAACAAGAACACAGCCAUGCUUGUCUGCUCAGCCCCACAGUUUCCUCACGGAAUCAUUGAUCCCAUUGAGGAAGUGGCCAAGCUGGCUCUACGUUAUAAAAUCCCACUGCAUGUUGACGCCUGCCUUGGGGGUUUUCUGAUUGUCUUCAUGGCCAAGGCUGGUUACUCACUGGCUCCGUUCGACUUCAGGGUAAAAGGUGUGACCAGCAUCUCGGCAGAUACGCACAAAUACGGCUACGCCCCUAAAGGUUCAUCUGUGAUCCUGUACAGUGACAAAAAAUACCGUCACCACCAGUACUUUGUAGCACCAGACUGGCAAGGGGGAAUCUACGCCUCACCCUCGAUAGCGGGCUCCAGGCCUGGCGGUAUCAUCGCCGCCUGCUGGGCUACAAUGAUGCACAUGGGAGAGAACGGAUAUGUGGAUGCCACCAGGAAAAUAAUCAGCACAGCGCAGAAAAUCAAAUCAGAAAUCAGGAAGAUAAAAGGGAUCUUUGUCUUCGGGGACCCAGAGGUGUCGGUGGUGGCCAUAGGAUCAGAUGUGUUUGACAUCUUCCGUCUGUCUAAUGCACUGACGUCGGAGGGCUGGAACUUGAACACUCUGCAGUUUCCUUCCAGCAUCCAUAUUUGCUGCACAGUUUUGCACACCCAGAAGGGAGUCGCCGAUCAGUUUGUCCGUUGUGUCAGAGAGCAGGUUGCCAUCAUUAUGAAGAAUCCCAAAGAGAAAACCACAGGAAUGGGAGCGAUCUACGGCAUGGCUCAGUCCAUCCCAGACAGAUCCUUGGUAACAGAAAUCUCCCAGGGUUUCCUCGACUGUCUCUACAGCACCGAGGUGCACAAGACAAACACCAACCACAUGAAUGGCAACGGCAAAGCCCACUGACAGUCGUGCACGCUCACCCCUCCCUGUCACCCACUAGAGCUCUGACUUAGCUGCUUAACGGUUGCCUUACUAUACAGCAUAGAAAAACAUCAGUGAAGAUCUGUGAAGCACAAGCCACUGUCACUGUAAUGAGCCCCAGAGGGAAUUAUUUUAAAACUGGGCCCAAAUAGCACAGAGUGACAGCUUCCAAACUGGUUUUAAUUCUUUUGUUCUUUUUUCGUUGUUUUUUUUGUUUGUUUGUUUGUAUUAUCACCUUAAUUAUUGCAACUGUGUGACUUUUUUGUGUUUUAUUAUCACUCAUUUCAAUUUUAGCUUUUGUUCAACAAAUGUUAGUCUCAAUUUCUACUAAUCAUGAAAUAAUUCCAAUUAAAAAAAAACAAACAACAACAACAAAAACAUCAACAAAAACCACCACAACAUUUCAGCCUUUAAAAGACACAGACCACUGAAAGCCCAUAGGAACGCUCUGCUGCCCUCUAGCAUGAAACUAAAUGUACUGCUCCAGAUCAGCACGACGUUUGGAGCUGUGCUGGUGUGUUUGGACUUCACCACCUGACGACUUGUACUGUAGUAAUAAUUCGCUGGAAAAUAGCCUUUAAAUGAACAUGCACUGCAAUGCCCUGACCUCAACAUAUCAGGUUGAAUCUAUAUCACUUGAAACUAAAUUUUUAUCAAACUGUUUUUUUGAAUUCUUAUUUUGUUGCCCAAUGUUCACCAGAGUAGGGUUUGUAGAAAGAUAGACGAAGAUUAAGGUUGAGUUUUUAAACAAAGUAGUUCAGUUUUUGAAGUAUUACCACAUACACAGUGCUGGGUUUAGGGGCAUUGUGACUGACCUCCUGACACUAACCUCUCUAUUAUCUGUAUUUGGGACCAGUACUUGCCAGGGAAGAGAUGGGCCACUUAGGGGUUAAAUGCCCUCGGACGCUGCAUUCCAGAUCAAAGAUGAAGCCAUUAAGCUGAAGAUAUUAAGUCUACGAUAUUAAAACAUGUUUAUCUUUUGAUUCUACAUAAUCAAGUGUUCAAAGUCUUUUAAAUUCACUACACCAUAGUCCAUAGAGAAAAACACCAAAUUAUGCUUCAUUACCACGUUUUUAAUUAGGUGAAUCCAGGACAGAUAUGGGAUGGUUCCAGUCUCCACUGUGUCAAAUACUUCACACACAGAUCUUAAAAAUGGAUUAUCUGUGCUUUUUUUAUUAACAAGGGACUGUUAAAUUAUAUAUAUUCUAAUAAUAUACAGAGUCUGAUAGUAAUCGUCCUUAGUGACUUAUUCUUACACAGAUGUUGGUUGUAAUGUAUUGGGACAUGUUACAGCCUUUAAUCACAGACUGGGCUGAAGGUUGUUUCCAUCUCUGUUCCACUGUCCAGUGUCAGGCGGUGUUUUUCUCACCUCAUAGUCACCUGUGUACUUCUUCAUUUUAAAUAUUGGUCUAAAUCUACCUCAGUUGUUACUCAAUGCAACUCAUCCAUCCAUAGAAACACAGUCUAACAGGGCGUCUUUGUUUUUACCACUUCACACACAACGGUCACUAUGUUGAGGCAACAUUAACACACGGCAAUAAAGUGUUCUUAGAUUUUGAUGGAGAUCUCCGUCCUCUGGAUCUGGCAUUUAAUUAUGGAAUGGUGUCGCUCAGCGUCAACUGUACCAUCAGAAAAACUUUGGCUUUUGUUCUAUUUAUACAACGUGUUUUCUUACGAUUGCUCUUUGACAUUGUGAAUUUCUUUGAAAUUAUUGUCCAUGUUUGUGCAAUAUGUAAUAUAAUUUUCUUUUUAUUAACGAGGAACAGACGGGGCGCUCCACUAUAAAUGUUUUGAGAGAUGUUUUCGGAACCGGUUUAGAAUGGCAUUAUUUGUGUGAUUUAUCGUUUCGUGUUCAAGGCAGUUAAAUCAUGUUGGGUUUUUUCAGCCACGGAGCAGUUUUAUAAUGAGACAUGGUUGUAUUUGGUUUAAUACAUGUGCAGGGAUUUGUUUUUAAUCUUUUAUCAUUCACCUAAUAACAAACUAAAGAAAGCAAAGCCUAAACAGAAUGGUUAACCCAACUAUUACUCAUCAUAUUUGUGUUAGAGAAGGCGUGAUGAAUGAAUGGGCAAAAACUGUUUAAUAAACAAUUUUAAUGCACUGU